AUGUCCAUGACAUCAUUCACAAUAAGUCUGAGCGGUAACGAGUCUGUGUUGAAUGUAGACUUUCAACCGGCUCUAGAAUUGGACAAUGAUGGUUUUUACGAGUGUGCUCUCGUGUACUUUAAGACUUUCAACACUAUUCCCAAUGUUGAUAAGAGCAAUAAUCUGUUUCACUAUGGAGAUGAUGUAAUCGCGAUUCCUGAAGGUUCAUACGAGCUCUCCAGUAUAAUACACCUCUUGAAGGAGGAAAUGACCAAGAGGGCUAAAGGCCCAGAGGGUGAAAGAAUGGCGGUGGCAGAUAUCUUUGUGUUAUUCGAUGAUAGUAUAGAAAGUAUAGAAUUUCAUCCGUACACUCCGUAUAAUGACUCGUUCAAAAAUAACGACAACAUCCACAUAUGUAUCAACCGUCAAGAUUUAAUUCUACUACCGAGUCACAGUCAAAUAUUAGUGGAGGGCACAGUGGAGAAAGGAUGUCUACUGAUCAACAACGGUGCUGCAUUUUUAUUUCAAGACAUUCGUUAUGAAUUGAACGGUGUGGAGAUUGACCGCGCGAGAAACUGCGGUAUCACGUCCACCAUUAAGGGACUAGUCUCAUACACCAAGGAAAUGGACCAUAGUCUUCAGACGGCGGGGUGGGAAGUUGGUGCUAAAAAGAUUCAAGACAAGUUUACUGUGACUAUACCACUAUCUCAUUUCUUGGGUUUCGCCGAGGACUAUAAAAAGGUUAUAAUUAAUGGGAAACACGAGUUGAUAUUAAAUCGCGCCAGUACAGAUGUAAACUGUUUAGAUUUAGCACCCGUUGAUGCGGAGAAGGUACCGCAACCGCCAACACCAAAUGGUGAGAUUGAAAUCACCCGUGUCACAUGGAGGAUGCCAGUCAUAAAAGUAUCUGAUAAGGAGAAAUUGCGUCUAAUGUCGUAUGUUGAGAGGGGCAUACCGGUUCAGAUAGCGUUCCGCACCUGGGAACUGUACGAAUAUCCCAUACUGCCUGCCUCACAACGUCAUAUUUGGUGCAUCAAGACUAGCACUCAGCUGGAGAAACCUCGCUAUCUCAUUGUUGGUUUCCAAACGGCUCGUAGGAACGAGAAGAACAAAGAUAUGAGUAUAUUCGACCAUUGUAAUCUUACCAAUUGCAGGGUGUAUUUGAACGCACAGUAUUAUCCAUACGAUCCCUUUUCGGCUGAAUUUAAAACAAACAACUAUGCGCUCUUAUAUGACGCAUUUACCAAUUUCCAACGGUCGUACUACAACCGUCAUCAUACCAGCCCUCAGCAACAAGCGUUUCACUUCUACAAAAACCUGCAACCUUCUGAUCCACUCAUAGCCCUACCUUGCUAA